UUUUAAAUGUNUCGUCCUUUCUCGAAUUCCUAAUUUUAGCAAGACAGAUGUACUUUAGAUUGCUCCUCUUUGUACCUCCUCUGUCCUGAAAACCCCCAUGCAUGCUGCCUGCCUGUAGCAAUACGCGGCGAAAAUCUACGCAUGAGGGACACGUCACAGGGACACGUGUUCGCUUGCAUGGUACUCUUUCUCCCUACAUGCAACCCUUCUCAUCCAUAUCACUUACUCCCCGCCACACUAUAAAUCAAGCACCCCAUUACACUUCAUUUCCCAUCAACUACACAAAACACUUCCACUACACAAAAAAAAAAGGAGAAAAUAUCAUCAAUCAUGAGUUCCGGAGUAAGAUUCGGGUUGGCCCUCCUGGGCCUUAUCCUAGCCCAAGCAGCUUUGGGCCUUGCAGCCCAAGAGCCACGUGGCAAGAGCCCCAUCGAGCGCUUGCGCGAGUGCACCCAAUCGUGUGAGAGGCAGCGCCAGUCUCCCGAGCGGCAAGAGGUCUGCAAGAAACGGUGCCAGGAGGAGUACGAACGGGAAAAGGAGAGGUAUGAAGAGGACAUCAUGACACGUGGCGAAAGGGAAAAGGAAAGUAGUAAUAGUCCGUACGUUUUCGAGGACAGGCACUUUAUGACAGGGAUGAAGACACAGCACGGCCAGGUUCGGAUCCUCCAGAGGUUCACGGAGCGGUCGGAUUUGCUCCGAGGGAUUGAAAAUUAUAGGGUCACGCUUCUCGAGGCGGAUCCUCAAACCUUCGUCGUGCCUAACCACUGGGAUGCCAAUGCUGUUAUCUUCGUCGCCAACGGAAGGGGAAUAGUGAGUUUAUUGAGACAAGACAGGAGGGAGAGCUUCAAUAUCAAACAAGGAGAUAUAUUCAGGAUAAACUCUGGCACAACAACUUACCUCAUCAACAGUGAUAAAAACCAGAAGCUUGUCCUGGCUAAGCUUCUCCAGCCCGUCAACACCCCCGGUCAAUUCCAGUCAUUUUUCGGAGCUGGAGGAGAGAAUCCCGAAUCCUUCUUCAAAGCCUUCAGCAAGGAGAUACUCGAAGCUGCCUUCAAUACAAGGAGUGAUAGGUUGCAGAGGAUCUUCGGACAACAGAAGCAAGGUGUAAUAAUGAAGGCCUCGGAGGAGCAAAUCAGGUCCAUGAGCCACCAUGAAGAAGGCGGCAUUUGGCCCUUCGCAGGCGAGGCCAAGGGCACAUCCACCAUCAACAUUUACCAGCAGCAGCCCAAACACAGAAACCAGUACGGCCAGCUCUUCGAAGUGGACCCCACCAAUUACCGACAGCUCAAGGACCUCAACAUUGCAGUCUCACUCGCCAACAUCACUCAGGCAUAUAACUAUAAAACUAUAACUAAUAUAAUACAACAUUGCUGUAAACGAGCUCAUGCUGCUCAGAAAUCAACAAGUCGAGGUGCAAUGACAGCUCCAUAUUACAACUCCGAGACCACGAAGAUAACUUUAGUGUUGGAAGGCCAAGGCUAUUGCGAGAUGGCGUGUCCCCACCUUGCAGAGGAGGAGAGUCGCCGCCAGCAAGGCAGCGAGCGUGAGAAGAGCGAGCGUGAGAAGAGCGAGACGAGCACGGGCCCACGCUACCAAAAGGUGAGCGCUCGACUGAAGCGCGGCACGGUUAUGGUGGUGCCAGCUGGGCAUCCAUUUGUGGCCGUGGCCUCCAAAAAUCAGAAUCUGCAGCUCCUCUGUUUCGAAGUCAAUCAAAAGAACAACGAAAAAUACACUCUUGCAGGGAGGAAGAAUGUGAUGAAGUACCUGGAGAAGGAGGCUAAGGAGCUGGCCUUUGGAAUGCCGGCAAGGGAAGUUGAGGAAGUCUUCAAUAGCCAAGAAGAGGAGUUUUUCUUUAAGGGGCCUCGACAGGAGCACGAAGGCCGUGCAGAGGCAUAAGAAGAAUGCAUAACUACUCAGGAGCGAGUCCUAAGAAGAGGACUACUUGUGUGAAAAUAUGUUUUAAGCUUAUAAGCCAGUGUAAUGUACAGUGACCGGCUCGUCUUGUCCAAGUCCAAGUAGCGUAAUAAAAAAAGAGAGUCUGAUCGUUGUUCCCCUGGUUUUGAAUCCUGCUGAGAAUGUAACUAUAUAUGUAAAUUAGGUGAAGUUCUUGUUGACAUGAAUAAAACAGAGCUGGUGUUUCAGCUCCUUUUCGAAACAUGAAAUCUCCAAUUUUGCAUCUUAAUCGUGUGAGCCGAGUUUGUAUCCUUUCCGCCCAUCUAAUAUCCGAUUUUCAUCUCAUAUCGUGUGAGCCGAGUUUGAAGUUUCAGCUGCACAGAACAUCUCCGAUUUUUAUCUUAUGUCGUGUGAGUCGAGUUUGUAGUUUCAGCUCCUUUUCGCACAUCAAAUCUCCAUUUUCAUCUUCUAUUGUGUAAUGUGUGAGACGAGUUUGAAGUUUCAGCUCCUUUUUGCACAUCAAAAGUUUCAGCGAGUUUGUAGUUUCAGCUCCUUUUCGCACAUCAAAUCUCCAUUUUCAUCUUCUAUUGUGUAAUGUGUGAGACGAGUUUGAAGUUUCAGCUCCUUUUUGCACAUCAAAAGUUUCAGCUCCUUCGCACAUCAAAUCUCCGGGUUUCAUCUUAUAUCUGAGAGUCUUGAGUUUGAAGUUUCACUCCUUUUCUAACACCAGAUC